AAGAUUGUUUUGUUAAUCGAGGAACCAAGAUUCAUUUAUGUCUUUUACAAAAAGGGCAUACGAAAAGAGACGCAGUAGACGUGUCCAAAAAGAAUAUUAAUAAAUACUAGAAUUUUCGUCAGUACAUAUAAAAAAAAAAAUCGAAUGUUGGAACUUCUAAAAAAAAUGAUUUCUUAUCUUGCGAAAAUCUAAAAGAAUAUUUUGACCAUCGUGAGUCAUCGAUUUUGUACAAUGAAUACUCUUAUGACCAAAAGCCUAAUGAGUAUAAGCAUAACCCAACUUUAAAGGAAAGUUUUUCUGCAUGUUUUUCUAACCAAGUAAUUAUGCACUAAAGAAGUGGGUUGACAAAGAAUAGCAACAAAUUUAUUGUCCCAAAAAAAAACUAUAAUCAUGCACUAAAAAACAACCUUUCGUCAACAAAAGAAUGGCACAAAUUUCCAUUGAUAAAGUGUAAGAUAGCAGAUAGUCAGUAUCUAACUUGUUUUGUGUUUUUUUUAAAGAGAUGCAAAAUGUUAUUCUCAAUGAGCUUGCAGAAAUAAAAGUUCUUUUAAAAGAAGUUAUAGAAAUUAAGUUUCAGGCUACUGGGGUGAAGUUGCUAGAAUCAGUGGACAAAGUGGUUACACUGGAUAAUAAACUAAAAGAUAAAACCGAGUAUACUAAUUUGCUUGAUAGUUUGAAAAAGAUUGGUGGUGGAAAGCCAAGAGAACAUGUUUUUUUGAUCAUGAAAAGGUUAUUUUCGAAUCAGUUACAGUCCAAAUUAAAUCGAAAAGGAAAUGGGGAAAAGAUAAACUUAGAAAAUCUAGUAAAUAUAUGGAGUGUUUUAGGAGAUAUCGGCGACGUGGAAGAAAAUGUUGACGGCAAUGCAGAAAUAUAGUUUCUUAUGUAUAUUUUUGUGAAAUAAAAAUUAAGUAAUGUUAGUUAAAA